AUGCUUUACGACUAUUACGUAAAGCCGGUCCCUGAGCACAAGUCGUCAUCCUUCAUCACUCAGCUGUUCUGCUCUUUGUCCCUUCAAGUCCUCCCCACUCUACCUCCCGUGUCACCCACUUACAUCUUUUCUACUGAGCCGCAGGACUGCUUGGGCCUUGACGACCCUAGCCGUCAGAUGAUGCAGCCCCCACCGUACAUCCCAGGCCCGCAAGAUCCAAAUGUACCGCAGCAACACCCCAACAUGGCACCCGGCGCCCAACCGAGCUAUCCCGCGCCACCGCCGCCCCCGGGCUCGGAGGGAUAUCUCCAAGAGGCUCCCUUCCCUUAUAACCCCAUGGGAACUCCGGGGGGCCCACAAGGCUACACCGUCCAAACUCAGGGCCCCGGAGGAACCAUGCCUCAUCCUCCAGUGGGAUACAUCCAGCCCGGGUACCCUCUUCAGCUGCAACCGUGCACUGCUUACGUUCCUGUCUACCCCAUGGCGUCAGGACAGCCCUACAUGCCUGCUACAGGAGGCCACCCAGCGAUGCCACAGGGUCAAAUUCAUCCCAUGCAAAUGCCGCCCAACAUCACCUUAAUGGAUCGCCGGCCGCCACAUGACUACCUGCCCAUCGCUGUGCUCACGACAGUGUGCUGCUUUUGGCCUACUGGCAUUAUCGCCAUCAUCAAAGCGGUGCAGGUGCGUACAGCCAUCGCCAGAGGGGACAUGGUGACGGCAGAGAUCGCCUCCCGCGAGGCUCGCAACUUCUCCUUCAUCAGCCUGGCCGUCGGCAUAGCCUCCAUCGUGCUGUGCACCAUCCUCACCGUGGUGGUGAUUAUCGCCUCGCAACAUCACGACGACGACUGGGAACCGUAA